AUGGUGCUCUCACAGUACCAGGACGACUACCCGAUGUCACCACCGGCACACGACCUCGAGCUUGACCUCCCUGUCCUGCCUGCGACUGAGUAUCACUAUCAAGCAGAACACUACCACGACGGGGCCACCCACUACUCGACCUAUGAAGGCGAAAGGUACGGAGCAGGCCGGUUUGCGACUUUCCACGGCCACAGUCUGCGCCAGCGAGAUGCUCGCCAACAGCCUCUGGUAGGCAUGUUUCCCGUCGACGCUCUGAGCCCUUACGAGGCCGGUGGAAGCGACGAGCGUGAAGCAUUGAGGACUCCCAGCCUCGGUCGCCAGCGGGGUGCAGCCGUCGCUGCCACCACCCUCGACCAAUCCCCACCCAACCGCAGAACACCAACCUCUUUCCAAGCAGUGCCCAUGGUCCGGUCCGAGAGCGUGCCGGUGCUCACGUACGCCGAGCUCGAGCGCGUAGGUGGUACACGCGGCUGGGCGAGUGCGCGUGGCAGCCUGGCGGCGCCUCGAAACAGCGACGAGGACAACAGCGACAUGGCAGAGACAGCAAGGCCGUCCCCUCGCAACAUGGCAGAUGGCACGUCCAUGUCGCCUCCUGCGCGCACCUGGCCACGCAGGGAAACGUACACGGCGUUCAGCGAUCCUUUCGCCAGCACGCAUACCGACAGCACCGUCGAUGAGGUCGAAAGGACACCGAGCCCUUGGCCAUCACGCCGUACCACCCGAACGCGACCACCGUUGCCCUCCCCCUGGUCCCCAUCCGCCACCCCCACGGUCUCAAUGUCUGUGUCCACGUCGUCCACCAGUCCGCUGCCAUACACGCCACCGUCUGGCGUUGCGAUCCCCGUGACCACAGUCUCCCCGUUCCCAAUGCAUGCGACCGCGAGUACGAGCGGCGCCGCCAGCCCAACGUCGACGGGGGCCACCGUCAGUGGCGCGGCUGGCCAUGCGCUGCCGGUCGAACUGGAACCUGACACAACCGGUUACCCUCCGAUCGGCCAACACGCCGGAAUGCUCGAGGAGGACGAUGUCGAGGUCGUGUUUGAAGGGUACGCCACCGCGUCAACGGUGUCGACUAUCGGAGCCAGCUGUGGAUACGGAUCUAGGUCCUCAUCGGGGUCUGAGUCUGGGUCCAGCGACAAGAUGGACUUGCCACCCAUCCUGUCGUCGUCAACCCUCGUAGUGCCCAUCUGCAGUGCGUCGUUUCGGCGCACCUCUCUCCGCCCUCGUCCUGCCACCACGACGCACUCGCCCGCUCUCCUCUCGAGCGCGACAUUCGAAGCCCUCCCCUCCUCCUGGUCGACAGUCACCGUCCCCGUGUUCCACCGCGCGUCCGCGGUCGCGUGCCCGCCGUGGUUGGAACGACACGGUUCCGCUCCACCACCUCUCGGCGUCGGCGGCGGAGCCCGCUUCUGA